CUCCGCCCCACUUUCACUGGGUUGCUACGCAACGACAGUCAGGUGACUGUCUGCAGACAGAACAUGGCUGACCUGUCAGAAGACCAAUGAGGGAAAGGCCAAAUUUAGCAUAAUCGAUCUUAUUUUUUACGUCCUUCCUGACAGCGGUUGAUCGUUGUGGACUGCAGUCGACCAGAGGUAUUCAAGAUGAGUGGGUUGCUGGAGGGAAUAGCAAAUGGCCCCAGCAGGAGCGAACACUCAGAGAAAGAUGCUCAGAUUUGGGAGAGACCCUGGACUCUUGAAGAGAUGCGUCAGAGCAGUGCUGACUGGUCUUUGGCAGCCGACUCAGGGCUCUUCCUGUUCCUCCAAGACUUCUCCCAGAGAAUGCUGUCAAAGACACAUGAGAUCGAAAAGCAGUUGGACAGUCUGAUCCGUGACACCAAGGCCACAGACAGCUGCUUGCAUUCUGUCUUUAACGACUUUCUCAUGCUUUCCAAUACGCAGUUUAUAGAAAAUAGAGUGUAUGAUGAAGAGGUAGAAGAGACAAUCCCCAAGGCUGAUACGCUGGAGAAGCAGCCUGAGCAGGAGAAAACUCGAGAGCAGAAGGAGGCAGAGUUGAUCCCUAAGAUGCAGGAAGCUGUAAACUACGGUCUGAGAGUGCUAGAGUCGGCCUUUGAGCAUCUGGACAUCAAAGCAGGAAACUCUGACUCAGAGGACGAGGAGAUCACAGACAGAGUGGAGGCCAUCUUAGAGCCCAAGGAUCUUUAUGUGGACAGGCCACUUCCAUAUCUGAUUGGUUCACAGGCCUUCAUGGAACAAGAAGAUGUUGGACUUGGUGACCUCUCAAGUGAUGAAAUGUCAGUCGACAGUGAUAGAGACAGUGUCAUUGACAGCGAAGAUGGCAAAGAAGUAGUUCAGUCAGAUGAGGACUCUGAUCAGGAAGAGGAAGAAGGCCACAACAAUAUUAAGAAGAAGUCAUCCAUGUUGAGUUAUGAUGAGGACGAAGAGGAGGAGGACGAGGACUCUGACAUAUUCGGAGAAUCAGACAGGGACGAUGACGACGACACAAAGACCACAGGUCCAUCGUCGUUUGCCGAUGAGCUGGCGGCCCGAAUCAAAGGCGAACCAGUGAACAAACCAGAAGGAGAUCGUGCAUCAUUGACAUCUAAGAAGAAAAGUAAAGUCAGGAAAGAACCAAAGCCUGCAAAGUCACAGGCAGCUGAAGAUGACAGCGAUGACAUGUUUAAGCCACCAAAGAUGGACGAUGACGACUUCUCCCCAUUUGGAGGAAAAAGUGGCCUCUUCAGUGGAGGGAGAGGCCUGUUUGACGACGAUGAUGAGGGCGAUCUUUUCUCUGAGGCACCGAAACCUCCCGUGUCCGAACAGAAAAAGGUGGAUGAAACCAGAAAAAGCACAGCUCAAGCUGCAGAAUCCGACAAACCUGCAAAGAAGAUUCCAGCAGGUGCCAUUUCAAUAUUCCCAGAUAACAGCCUGUUCAGUUCAGGGAAUGACUCUGAUUCAGUGGAGAGCAAGGAGAACGGAACGCCAACAGCCUCCAAGCAGGUUCCUACAGGAGCUGGUGUUGGUGUCGGAGGAGGAGGUGGUGGGCUGUUUGAUGAUGAGGACGAGGAUGACGACUUCUUCAGUGGUAAAAGCUUGAAAAAGUCUGACUCAGCUGCACAGGAGAAACCCAAACCCAAGAAAGCUCUUGACCUUUUCGAUGAAGAUGACGAGGAUGGCGACAUUUUCAGUGAGAAGUACAGCGCGCCAGCUCAGAGCAAGAAGGAGGUAGUGGAUGAGCAGGUUAAACAGCCUGAGAAAAAGAUGCCGGCAGGGGCCAUCUCCAUGUUCGGUCCUGGGACUAAAAGCUUGCUCAAUGAGGGCCUGAAAAAACGUCAGCCGUCGAGUGAGGAGUCCGAGAAAUCUGAAGAGAAUGGGCCUGCUCCAGAUGGUAGAACAGCUGCUGUCAAGCAGACUCUGGAGCCCCAGACCAGAGGCCUCUUCUCUGAUGAUGAAGACACACAGACAUUUCCAACCAUCCCUAAGAGCCAAUCUAAGCCUGAACCUACAAGUCAGAGCAAAACCAGCAAGGCUCCAUUGUCACUAUUUGACGAUGAAGAAGAAGAGGAUCUGUUUGCGUCUGCAGCUAAAUCAAAACCGAAGCCUAAUCAAGCUAAAGCAUCCACGCCGCAACCCAGUAAGACUUUGACCAGCUCACUCUUCAGCGACGAUGAGGACCAGUGGAUAAGUCCAAAAAGUAGCACAGGGGGGAUGAAGUCCAGUGCCAGUGCCCCCUCCAGUCUCCCCAGUGCCAAAAUGUCUCACAAAAGCAGCCUCUUUGAUGACGACGACGAUGACCUGUUUGCUCCAACUAAAGAGUCAAGUCAGAAGAAGCCUCAGAGAGUUGCUCUGUUGUUUGAAGACGAGGGUGAUGAUGAAGAUAAAGGAUCACUCUUCGGCAUCAAACCUGCUGUCAACACAAACACCGCAGCUCCGGCUUCUAAGACAACUGCUGCAGCCUCUCAGUCAUCCUGCCCCUUAGAGAAAUCGGAGGAGGUUGUGGUUCCUAGGAUGGCAGCAGAGAACAAACCUUCAGAGCAGGAGAAACCAGCAGUAAAGACCCCUGAUCCACUCCCCUCAAUGCCCUCACCAGAGAUCAGUGAAAGUAAAAAGAAACCUGCUGGAGCAGUCAGUCUUUUCGGAGGCAUCAACGUUCUUGCCAGCAAGCAGACAAAGAGCCCGUUGGAUGAAGCUGACAAUGACAGCUUCCCCUCUGAAGACAGCCCACCACCGAAUAUUAAGAAGGAGGAGGAGAAGAAGGAGGAGAAGGUCAAAACAAACACUGUUAGUCUAUUUGAUGAUGAUGAGGAGGAAGAUGAGUCAGAUUGGAAUGAACCAAUAUUUACGCCCAGUAAACCCACAGCAAAAAACACACUAAAGCCUGCAGAGGAGCGACCACAAGCAAAGAGCACAGGCGUGUUCCAGGAUGAGGAGCUGCUGUUCAGUCACACACAGCAGAAGGACAACGAUCCAGAUGUUGACCUCUUUGCCACCUCAGGGAAAGCUGCGAGCUCCAAGUUCAGCUCGGUGAAGCCGGCAGCACAAAGUCUGUUUGCAGAUGACGACGAGGAUGACCUCUUCAACUCUAUCAAGCCAAAAGCUCCUCCUCCGAAAGUAGCAGAGAAGCCCAGUAAACCUAUUGACAGAGCACCACUGGCAAGUCCAGAAUCUGUGUCAGAGAUUCAGAAACCUGCACCAAGUCCUGUAAAACCUAAAGAUUCCUCAUCAAGGAUUGGGAAGCUUCAAGCCAAUCUGAUGAUCAACCCUGCUGCGUUGCUCCCUGGUGCUGCCCCUGUAUUCCCUGGGAUGGGCCCUAGUUCCUCCUCUGGGGUGUCUAGCUCCAGCCUGAGUCCCAGCCCUGCCACAACCCCUAUAGGAGCUCAGGUAGACGGUGAAAGAGGAGUGAGCUUCGAUACCCCAGUCCAGGUUACAACACUGCAGAGCGCACACAAGGGUCGUGCCAAAGGUUCUGCACAACGAAGACCCCAGUCCAGAGCAGCGAGGCAGCAAGCAGCACAGACAUCUGUACAGGACAAAGAAAAGACCCAGGGUGGAGAUGUUUCUGGGACAAACCCCAGUCUGUCUGGUUUAGUCUUACCUGCACCAGACAAAUCCAUCCAGGCAUUUGCCAGUCUAACAUUACCUAACGCAGCUGUACCCACAGCCUUGCCCACCCCGACACCUUCUCAGUCUUCUCUCCCUGAUACCUCUCCCAGGCCCUUUGCACUGACACUGCCAGUAUCCACAAACGCUGGAAAGAAAGACUCUAGUAAAGACAGCAGCAGUACCAAGGUUCUGCCGCCUUCUGAUGAGGAUGACCUUUUUGGCUCCGACAGUCUGUUUGGGGCCAUCUCAGUUACUAACACAUCCUCCACCAGACAAACUACCAAGACAACACAACCUCAGGCCGGCAGCAAUGUGGGGAUGAAGAAAGACAAAGACAAAAGCACACUCCCAUCCAUUUUUGAUGACAACACUGAUGACCUUUUCCAAAAGGUCAAGCCGAGGUCAGCUGCUAAGAAAGCCAAGGCCUCGUCCUUUUUGGAAGAACACGACGACGAUGAGGACAUUUUUGGAGUGAGCAACAGCUCCACACCCACAUCCACAAGUAGUAAAGAAAUCAAGAACAGCAGUAGUUUUUCAAAGCAGGACAUCUUCCAGGAUGAAGUAGCCGCUGUGCCUAAAGUUCACAAGAAGCACAAAGAGAAGACCAUUGAUGCCAGCUUGUUCGAUGACAACAUAGACAUUUUUGCUGACCUGACGGACACUUUAAAGCCAAAACAGAAGUCCAAGACAAAGGGAGAGACAAAGUCAAUAUUUGAUGAUGACAUGGAUGACAUCUUCUCACCAAGCACAGUAAAAGCAGUCACAAAGGCUCCCCAUAAAUCAAAGAAAACGCCAGUGUCUCAGGAGACCAGUACAGCAGUGGAUUCAAGCAACAUAUUUGAUGAUCCACUUAAUGCUCUCGGCGGGAACUGAACUUGUUUCUGAGUCACCAGAUUUGUACAAUUGUGGAUUAAUUCUUUUGUCAUUUGGAUCGCUGAAAGAUUGGAGAUCGGAUACACUGUUGACAGAGUAUUUAUUCAUAUGAAGUCAUAUAAAUACUGUGGAUUACUUUUGGCAGAUAAAGUCUUAAAUGAAAAUGAUUCCAAAAUCAUCUCGGCAUCAGAUCAUAUUAUGUAACAGUUAUUCUUUACUGUUUAUCUUUAUUAUACAUGAUAGCACUUUAUAAGCAUACCACAUGCUUAGCCUCAAAGCCUGCAGAAAUUAACAGUAAAUUGUUUUCCUUGUUUUGAAGAUGUCUAUCCUUUUGGCUUUUUCAUGUUUCCUUUUGGAUUUGUGCCAUAUCAUGGUGAUGAGAAAUCAGUGUGUUUACUUACUGUCUUAGGCAUUUUGACAAUGUUUUUAUUAAUAAGAGAUUCAUCCAUUUCUUAACUUUGGCUGUGAUGAAAAAGGAAAUUCAUUUUUAAUAACUAAAAAGAAACAUAUUUUAUGCUAUCU